AUGGAAACUUCAAUAAAAAACUUGUCAAAUCCUCAGAGAAACUUCUCACAAGAUAUACUAUCACCAAAGGGUCAAGAGCGACAGCUUCUUCUAUUACAGAACCAGGAUUUAAAAUAAAAAGGAGAUGCGUAAAUGGAAAGGGGUCAUUCAGAAAAUGCUCAGUCAUGAAAACCUCAGAGUGGAUCACUUCAGAGCUCCAGGUUUCAAUCCUACUGGGGAUCUUGCUUUAAAGUCUAGGCCCAAGUUGAAGGAUAAUGCUCAUAAUUUUGUCAAAAGGAAUAAAAGCACGAGACUUUUAUCUUUAAAGAAUAAAGCUAAGGCAAUGAAGAACUGCAGCCGAACUAAUUUUCGCAAUGAUCUACUGAAGGAUAAGAAUCAUCUUACUCAAGUGAAAAGUUUUGAUGAUCAGAAUUGUCCAAAAAUGCCUCCGAUUUUGUCUCCAACUCCUGAUAGCCAGGAAAGAAGGAAGGUACAGUUGCCUUCACUACAUUUGAUGAACAUCGAGGUUAAGAAUAGCAAGGAUGUAGAUAAAUUAAUUGAAAAUCUGAAAUCUCGAAAGAAGUCUACAAGACAGUCCCAUAAAGCAUUAUUUAGGUCUAAAGGUGCUAAUUCGAGUCUCUCCAAAACUAAUGUGGCUUUCUUCAAGAAGAAUUACAAGCAAAUCCCUCCUAUAGAGCUUCUUAAUCAUAAACGAAGAUCAAGGAGAAUAGAGCUCAUUAAACCACCUUCAAAAUAAGCAGAGGAGUGAACUUAAGAAAGCUGCUGAGAGGAGUAGGAAAAAAAUAUUAGAGGAGGAAGAAGCUUUCUCUGAGACAGUUGAAGAGAACUGUCCCAAGAUUAACUUGAUCCCAAGCACAGCUUCUCCAAAAUAAGAACAAGGCAAAAAUCUCAAGGAAAUUCACUACGAAUCCUUCUGAGAAGGGAAUGUCUGAGAAGAUCCCUCUGAUCAGAAAGAACACGAACAUAGAUAAGGAUAAAUUUCUUCGUGAUGGGGCUACUAUUAGGUUUGGAGUCUCUCCACUAGAGUCUUCCCCUCCACAGUCUAACUCUAAAAAGAGGAGUUCCAUUACAAAAUCGUCUCUGCUGAACAGAGACUCUUUCAAGAAGUCUAAAAGUAGGAGGAAUUCCAUCUGUAAGUCGUCCUUAAGAAGGAACGAUGAGAAGACAAAGUCCUUUAACCUGUCUAAAAACGAGCAAUCAAGCCAAGCUGAUACUAUGUACCUGAACAACCUCUGGAGAUCCCAAAGAAGGGAAAGCACUAUUCUUGGUUUGAAAUCAGGUCCCCAAUUACAUUACCCAAUGAGCCCUAAGCAUAAUUUGACUCCGAUUUCUAACUUCUUGCAGGUUAGCUCUCCCUUGUAUCACAAAAAUACGAGGACCAAGGAAAGAUCCAAGUCAGCAGCGAAUAUACGGUGGAUCAGGAAAAUUAAGAAUGAAAUGGAGAACCUUAAGAAGAAGAUAGGUCAAGCUAAUGUUUCACAGCUAAAUGUGAUGCGUAAGCAUGCUCAAAUGGAGCUCCAGUUCUGUGAUGAGAACCAAAUUAACUCUGAAAUCUCUGAUCUCAUUUCCAAAAUGUUGUUUGAUGUUAAAUAAGAACAUCCCUCAAGUCAGGAAGGAAGCUUGCUUAUUAGGUGUAAAAUUUACUUAUUAUUCCUACAAGCUGAAGCCGAGGACCCUGAUGAACUUCAAUUUGCGGAAAAAGAUGUUUGAUUACACCAAUGAGCUACAGGGGCUGUCUAAUAGGGUUCAAGACCUCACCCUCAAAAAUCAUAUUAGCAAGGGAGCCGCUCAGCCUAGACUGACCAGAAAGUGCAGAAAGGGCUAUAAGGAAUUAAACAUCACGCAAAAGAUUCAAAAGAACGAUAUUGGAUUUGUAAACAGCAUCCAUACAGAGCUGAAGGAAAUCAAUGGUAUUCAAUGUAUGAUCCAAGCUCGACUCAUGAGCAGCAAAAUCUGCGUUGAGCUCAGCACCACUCUUGAUGAGACAGAGUGGGUUAUAAAGCCAGAGGUUCAUUCUGAUUAUCUCAAGACUGAAUACGAGAAGCUCAACAAAAGUCACAUUCAGAAAAGACUUGUGAAUAACAAGACUGGGCACUUCAAGUUAGAGUAUUAUCCUUUAGUGAAAAACUGAGAGGACAUUGACUUCCACGAUGAAAUCAGCCGGUUGUAUUUUACCUGAAGUAAUCAGGAGCAGACUCCAGGGAUAAUCUCCCUCAACUAUACUAAAACUCUUGAAGAAGCUAUGAACAUUCACCAUUAUAUAGUAAGGCUUAAGGGAAGUCACAUGUUUUCCCAAGACAGAGAGAACAUCUACAUGUCUGUUCAGGUAGAUGAAACUCCUAAUGAGUAUAAAUUCACAGUUGAGGGCCUUAACAAGAUCAAGAAAGGUGAACAACAGGGUGUGAUUAAAAACUUAUUAAGGCUUCCUUCCAAGCAGCUGAAUGUUAGCACUAUAUUUCAAAAGGCCCGGAUUCGGAGAAUGAACCAAGAUAAUUUCGUAGAUUACCAGAAAUCUAAACGAUUCGAAGAGGACACUCUGAUCCUUACUAAAUAAACUAGUACAAAAGAGAUUAGCAAUACAGAGCAGAGAUGAAGAUGACAUCAAGUUCUUCAUCGAGGAGGAGCUCUUCCUGUGAAACAAGCUUAAGAGAGGUAACGAAGGAGGCCUCCCUACUACUGAAUACACCUACAGACUUGAAUUGAUCAAGGAUGUCGAAAUGCUAAAUGAGAAUAAUUAUAGGAAAUAACAUCUUGUUAACUCCUCACACGAUGAAAGAAAAGAGCAUGGUUAAUUCACAGUUUGAAGAGUCCAUCUCUCGAGUUGAUGAGUUCGACUCAAGCUCUGAUACAAAUUUCAAUGUGGUUUAUGAAGAACAGCAACCAACAGUCAAGGUUACGAACAAAUUUGAUAACAUGAGCUCAACACACAAGAGUAAGAGCGAUUAUGGCCAAUUUUUGGACACAAAUACACCCAAGAUCCCUCCAAGGAGCCUUUCCAGAAACAAAAACAUUCAAAAGAAUAGGUCUCAAAGAUCAAUAUCCAUUCGAAAAUCAUUGAUCAAAUUACACUCAGGCGAGAUAAGCAGCAGUAGCCAAUUUUCAAAGAAGAGGCUGCCCAGGAACUCAGAAUUGUAA